AACGCCUGCUUCGAAAUCGAGGGGCAGUCGCUACCGGCAGCUCGGCAGCGAUCGUCGCCUUCGCCUUCGCCAUCGUAGUCGCAGUCGCAGUUGUAGUCACAGCCAGCGAGCUAGUCACAUUCGCCGACGAUCCCAGACAAAGCGUCAGAGCGGCCCAGAGCCCCAUAGACAGCGAAACGUAGUGCGGACCAUUGGUUCAUGGGCUGCAAGACAGCCUGAGCCAACUGAGUGACGGCUGUUGGCCGUAAUUCGCUAAUUUCCCGCGAAGAAAAUCGCCUUUGAACCCGGCCUGGGAGAUCGUGCGCGAGUUUUUCGAAAGCGAAAAUCGCAGUAAAAAUGCCCGGGCCAGCGAGUAAGUGCGCAAUUUGUGUGACAGCCGAAAAAUAAGUGAAACGAAUGAGCGAAUGGCCGCAGAUAUUGGGCGUAAAAGGCAUAGACAAAUGUACUGUCACAAAAACCAGUGCCAAGUGUCAAGCGAUUGGCUUGAACCCACGCGAUAAGAACGCGGCUGAAAUACAAAUCUAAGAAAAGCCACUCGCAGCCAUGCACACUUUCAAGAGGGGGUUCUUCUGCUCGGACCUGAGCAUCCGCUAUCCCUACAGGGACUGCACGAUCACGGUGCCCAUGCUGCUGCUGAUGAUGCUCCUGCUGCCGAUGCUCUUUGUGGCCGUGGUGGAGAUCAUGCGCGUCUGCAAGCGCUUCCGCACCCGGCUCUACCUCCGGAAUCUGUGGCGGGCGGAGGCCACCUUCAGCUUCGGCUUCAUCGCCACCUACCUGACCACGGAGCUGGCCAAGCACUCCGUGGGUCGCCUGCGGCCGCACUUCUUCCACGGCUGCCAGCCGCGCCUGGACGACGGCAGCUCCUGCUCGGACCCCCAGAACGCCGAGCUCUACGUGGAGCAGUUCCACUGCUCCAACCACAACCUCUCCACGCGCCAGAUCCGCGAGCUGCACGUCAGCUUCCCGAGUGCCCACAGCAGCCUGAGCUUCUACUCCAUGCUCCUGCUGGCCCUCUACGUCCACGGGGUGUGGCGCGGGCGGGGCGGGGUGCGCGUCCUGCGGCACGUCCUGCAGUUCCUGCUCCUGAUGGCCGCCCUCUGCGUCUCGCUGAGCCGCGUGGCCGACUACUGGCACCACUGGUCCGAUGUCCUGGCCGGUGCCCUGCUGGGCAUGGCCUACGCCUCCAUUACCGCCGCCUACGUGGGCGACUUGCUGCGCCGCCGGCCACGCCCCGUGGGCAGGGGCAGCUGCCCGCCCUCCAUGACCUACAGCCACCACCUGCACCACCAGCUGAUGGCGGACAACAACAACUCGACUGCCUCGGCCAAGGUGCACUUCCUGGCCGCAGCUGCCUCCGCUUCGAUGACCACCACCACGCCCCUGGACGACAUGCAGGACUCGGAUGUGGAGGACCUGCAAGACUCGCGUGACUCCCAGGACUCCCAAGAUUCCCACGGGGAGGAUGGGGAAGAGGACGACGAGGAGGAGGCCUACAAGCCGCCAGCAUCGCGCCCCUCCACCCCGCCCAGCGAUCUGACCCACGUCGUCUAAGACAGUAAGCUGGAAAUGCGGUGGAAGGGAAGGGACGGAAUAAUCAGGCUUAUCGGCCUGCCGGCUGCUAUUUCGACCACUUUUCCAUUAGAAACCGAAGCAAACAGAAAUAUGUGAUAAGCGCGCUGCGCACUCUCUACCUGAUAGGCACUGUCCACCCCCACACACCUCCUCCCCGGCGUUUUUCGAAAUCCAAGCGGAUCGGUUGUGCAAGCGGGAAAUCGAGUCGGCCUUCGAGCGCCCGAAGACAAAUCGGAAGAAUUUCGGCCAUGUGCGGGUAUCUCGCCAAAAGUAUCUGCCGCCGAUAUUGCAAGCCGGAUCGAGGCUCUGUAUCUUGACCACUGGCUACUGGCGACUUGUUUGUUUGUAAACAAUGCCGCAGUCACGUCGCAGUCGCCGCUGCCGCUUUUGAAGUGGGCAGCCCGCCAACGUGGAUCCCGCUCGCCAAUCAGCUGCGACAAUCUCUGGGCAGCGACGCCGACCGCGGCAGAUAGUGCAUUAUAAAUAAUAAAUAAUAAAUAAUGCCCGGGCUCACGGCUCUGCAGCUCCAGCCUCGAUCGCAUGCGAGGAUGGCUGCGAGGCGCGGGAUUUAUGAACAAAUCAAUUAAGUCGAGUUUAAUUUUAAUAUUUGUUUUAUGUUAAUUAUGUUUGGCUCUCGACAGAUUUUAAGGCUUAAUCUAAGUGUUUGCUCUACAGGCUGAAUAAAUAUUUAUUGCCCAAGUGA